AAUCUAAGAUGGCCGCCUUGACAACAUGCAUUUCAAACAAACAAACAGCGGAGUACUGUUUUCGGAUUCCCACGUACGAAUUUCAAACAUAAUUCGAUUACUAAAAACACGAAAGCAUGGAUUUGGCGAAUACAUCAGAUUUCCUACGAAAAGCUGAACACCUGAGAAAGUUGGUUGAUCAACAUGAAAAAGCAAGAGCACUGAAUAAGCCCAGGAGGAGGAAUGGCCUCAGGGAUUGUUUCUGUGAAUUAGCAGAGUUUGAGAACAAGCUGAAUAUGGAAUUUAAGGCUGAAAUACUGAGAGUGCAGCAACAAUUACAAAAGAUCCGAAAUGGUGUGUACAGAUUCCAGGGGCAGUUGAUGGAUGUGAAGCCAUCUCCCAAUUUGAUCGAAAAACUGAAAGACAUCAUGAGUGAAAUUGAGAAUGCCAUCAACACCUUCAAAGAACAACAACAUAAAAGUUUUGAGGAGCUCUUGCAGGAGGAAAGAACUUGUUGGCAAGAGAUAUGUGCCUUUGAAAGGAAGAUUGACUCUUGGAUGUUGGCUGUGAAGAAGGACAUUGAGUUUCCCAUAGUUCAGAAAAGCAAGCAUGACAUGACCACAAAAAUGAGAAAGGAGUUUCCUAUAGAGGUCAUGGCUCUGGAAACAUUCCUGCAGCAGACAGGAGGAAAACUGGGUGGCUGGGACCAAUAUGACCAUCAGAGCUUCCUAAAAGUGUGGACCAAGCACCGUGGGAAACCCUCGUACAGGUCCGAGGUCAAACUGUACUUACCGGGCAAGACUGAAGAGGAUAUAAGAUUGCACGAGGACUGGUAUCUAGAAAUGUGCCAUCUCCAGGAAAAGAAGAAAGAGGCUAUUCGGAAAUGGAGGUCAGAAAGGCAGAGAGAACGGGAAGCUCGGGUGCAGCAUGAACACCAGGCUGAAGAGGCAGAGAGGAAAGAGCAAGAAGUCGCUCUAGCGGAAGCCCAGCGUCUCAAACAGGAAGAGGAGCGCAGGGAGGCGGCACUCCGUCUGGAGGCCUGGAGGAAGCAGCGGAGGCAGCAGCAGGAGCAGGAGGAGGAGCAGAGACUCCGGGAAGAGGUGCUGCAGAGCAAAAGACUGAAGGAGGAGAGGCGGAGGCAGCAGGAGGUCAAACUCGCUGUGGAGGCCCACAUCAGGGAGAGGAACGAAGAGGAGCAGCUGAGAAUGCUGGAGAAGGAAGCACAGGAGCGAGUGGAGGUUGAGGAGCGGAGGAGACAGGCUGCUGAAGGCAUCAAACGUUUUCAAGAGAGGGAUCUACACAUGUUAGAGACAAAACUGCAGGAAAAGCAGGCUAAAGAGGAGGAGGAGUUGGGACGGCUGAAGAAGCAGGCUAAACUAAAAGAGAAGGUUGAAAGUCACAUUAGCCGAGAUCCUUCAAGACUCUGGAAACCAACCAGAGGAUGGGAAGCACGCAGCAAAGAGAUUGGGCCAACAGGAGGUGGACCUGUCUAUCACAUGUUUCAUAGGGCAAUACCGACAUGGAGACAAGGCCUUUAAACCUGGGUUCAGUCUUCACAGAGCAUCCAGACAUGCACAAGAAUGUCAUGAACUAUUGCUGUUUGUGUAAAUCGAUUCUAGUUCUGAUAAAAGGAAAAAAAAUACAUGUUAUGUUUUAAACACCAUUUACCUGAGAGAUUUUUGAAUGUAGUUAAUUAUAUAAAUUGGUCACUACUUUUUGUUACAACACAAACACACAGGUUUAUUAGCUUUUAAUGUGUAGCGUGUUUAAUUGAGAGAAAAAAACAACGACGUAAAGCUUAACUCCUUACCUUCUGCAGCAAUUCUUUUAUGACCAGCUUUUCAAUUUCUAAUUUUGCACCUGCAUUUAAUAGGGUAAAAUAAAAUGCUCCAGAUAACAUCAAAAGUUGUUUUUUUCUCUACUUACCAACUGGUUUCCAGUGUAUUGACAUCACCAGUAUCAGCUAAUUCCCAAUCAGACCUCUGAAUUGAAAAGAAACCAAAGAUUUAAGAAUGCACUUAUUCUUAAAGAGUGGUGAAAAAAUGUUCUUGCUUGAUAUUUGGUGUAAUAAUUAUGUUCUUAAUGUGUCAUUUACUAGGACUUUAAUAUACAAAAUUGGAUUUUAGGUAGACAGUCACUUUAAACACAGAAUCAGUAUACCUAACAAACCUAUAAAAACAUAAAUAUAUAUUUUAUUCAGGGUUUUCUUUCAGCUGUUAUACUUUUCCCAAGUACAUCAGCGAAAGAAGUCCUUAUUGUGGUUCCCUAUGUGUCAUGAUAACCCUAUUUAUGAUGUCUCAUUACUAGAAAAGAAGUAUUUAAUACUUUAAUGAACUAUAAAUUCCUUGCCUGUGUAAUGUGAAAGUAGAUAUUUUCAUUUCAGUAAAGCAUGAUGUAGUUGUAA